GGGUGUCCGCGCGGGGCUCGAUUGAGCAGCCUGUCCCUCAGCUGCCGCCCCGCCGUUGCCGCCGGAGGGGCCGGACGCGGCCCCGGGCCCGCUCUCCAUGCUGCGCUGGCUGAUCGGCGGCGGCCGGGAGCCGCAGGGUUUGGCGGAGAAAUCCUCUGUGCAGACAAUUGGUGAAGAGCAAAUACAGAAUCCGUACACGGAGCUUCUUGUGUUGAAAGGCCAUCGAGAUAUAGCACGAUUUCUAGUGCAGAUAGAUGAUUACAGGUUUGCAUCUGCAGGAGAUGAUGGAAUCAUAUUUCUGUGGAAUGCUCAGACUGGAGAAAAACUUUAUGAACUUCAUGGGCACACACACAAAAUUACAGCUAUAGCACCAUUUUCUUCAUCAGAUGUUACCGAAGAAAAAAUGAAUUUGAUUAUAACAGCAUCAGCUGAUAGAACAGUUAUUGUUUGGGACUGCACUAGUGGCAGACAGGUUCAAAAAGUGUCAUGUUUCCAUUCUACUGUAAAGUGUUUGACAGUUCUUCAAAGACUGAAUGUAUGGUUGUCUGGAGGGAGUGAUCUAUGUGUUUGGAACCAAAAAUUAGAUCUCUUGUGUAAGACCAGUCAUCUUACUGAUGCAGGCAUCAGUGCUUUGGUUGAAUUGCCCAAAAAUUGUGUUGCAGCAGCAGUUGGCAAAGAGUUAAUAAUUUUUAGGCUGAGUGCUUCUAACAAUGGGUCUGAAGGUUGGAAUAUCCUUGAAGUAAAGCGCCUUGUUGACCAUCAGGAUAACAUUUCAUCAUUAGUCAGUGUUAAUGAUUUGACUUUUGUGACAGGUUCUCACAUAGGUGAGUUAAUAGUUUGGGAUGCGCUUGACUGGACAAAGCAGGCAUCUGAGUGCAACUUCUGGGACUCCUCUGUCCGUCCAGAUGUACAACCAGAAAUAAAAUUAUCCCAAAGCCCACAUGAAACUUCAGUUCAACACUUAACAUCUGACGAGGAGUGUGUGUUUGCUGCUGCUGGGAAAGGCAUAUACGUAUAUAAUCUUCAAAUGAAGCGUGUGAUUGCCUGCCAGAGAACUGCUCACGACUCCUCUGUGCUGCACAUUGAGAAGCUUCCAAACAGGCAGCUGAUCUCCUGUUCAGAAGAUGGCAGUGUGCGCAUUUGGGAACUCAGAGAAAAGCAGCAGCUGCCAGCUGAACCAGUUCCAACAGGGUUUUUCAACAUGUGGGGAUUUGGAAGGACAAACAAGCAGGCAAACCAAGCUGCUAAGAAGAUGCAGGAAAAUACACCUGUGUAUUUCUUGGAGCUGGUUGGUGAUUUGAUUGGUCAUUCAUCAGCUGUGCAGAUGUUCCUGUACUUUGGUGAACUGGGAUUGGCUACAUGCUCUGCUGACCACCUCAUUAUUUUGUGGAAGGAUGGUGAACGAGAAUCUAGCCUCCGUAGUUUAACACUAUUUAAAAAAUUGGCACAAAAUGGUGAUUUGCAGCUCAAACUUUAAAUUGUUUGAAUACAGGCUGUAAACUGGAUGUGUUUUAAACAUAAGUGUAAAGAAUCUAGGAAUCUUGACUACUAGUAGAGCUUACACUUAAUGUCCUGUGUUAUAUUGGAACUUCUCUUAGAUACUACUCUUCUCAAAGGGGGAUUUUGCAUUCUGUUACACUCUGUCAGCAGAAAUGGUGUUCUCUAGAAAGACCGAAGGUAAUCAUGACUCAUUAAAUAGCUUCUAAUAUUAUUCCAAAUGUUUAAAAUUAUCAUGGGUGAAUGUCAAAAUUAAGAAUUGUGAAAUACAUUAGAUGGAUCAUAAUUGAAGCAGUUGAGGGCAUCCACAGUUCUAUGUGCUGGAAGAAGGUAUGGGAAGAAAUCUGCAGCUUCCUGCUCUAUCUAAUUUAUUUCUAGAUGCUGAACUUUCCUCACUGAUGGCUCAGAUUUUUGUGUAUACAGAAAGCCCUGAAAGAAAGCAUUCUCAAAUUUUUCAUUUGAAGUUAAUAUCCUGCAUCAGUGGUAGGAAAAAGAAAAAAAGGUAGGUAAUGCCAGUUUGUCAGGUUCUAAUUUUUGGCAAACUGAGGUACACAGAAACUGUUUACUAGUAGUAGCUGCAGUUUUACUUGGAUUAGCCUACAUUACUGGAGUUUAUACAGCACUACCAUUACACCAUUACCAAGUUUAGCAUGCAGUGUGAUUAGUUUAGCCUGGUCCUUCCAUAAUGCAUUCAUUGAAUUAAAUUGUAUCUAAUAAAAAGCAUUUGCCUUACCAUGAA